AUGGAGAUAUAGGCAUAAUUAUCAGCGAAAGAUUAUGAUCCAAUACAUUUCAUUAGACAAGCGUUCGCUCUUUAAAAGAAGAAAGAUGAUAAGCCUAACUAAGCAAAUUUGAAUUCCAAUGACGGUCUUGAUGAAAAACUGAGACUAGUUAACAAUCUUAAUUUUAAACUACAGAUGCUAAGUCAGGAGUCUAUAAAUCUGAUACAACAUUCUACUACGCUUAUUAACAAAGAGAUUGAGACCUAUUAAGAAAGCAAUUUUAUAUCAGAGAAUCUUGCUAAGACAUAAAAUGCUAUCAAUGAUUCAGUUGAAGGUGUCUAGUAGUCACAGUAAAAAAAUGCUUAAGGAAGCGAAAAAUAGGUUUAAUCGUCUUAGGAAAUUAGGUGCAAUCAGAAAAUUAAUGAAAUCAAGAGUGAUUUCUCAAUGCUAAGUACAAUAGACAAAAGAAUCAAUAAUUGCAAGAUCAUGUCAUAAGAGAUUGAGCAUUUUGAGUCUAGAGUUGCUAAGGUCGAGGAAUACAUUAGACUCAAUAAGUUUUCUGAGCUUGUAUUACUUGUCUAAUAAUUAUAAGAGUCACUUAAGGUAGUGAGAGAUCUUAGCUUCUUUGAGAAGCAAAAGCAAAGAAUAGAAAAAUUUGAUAAGAUGAUUCAAGCUUAUGCUUAAAAUAAAGAGAAGGAAUUCAUAUUUGAAUGCAAUUUUUACAAAUAAAAUGCAGAAAAUAUCAGGUAAUUGAUAUUACUAGAGUAGUACUUUGCGAAUGAUAACCAACUAGUAGAAUAAAUAAUGACUCAGAAACUUUUAAAGGAAUUCGAGUAUAUUCUAUUAAGCAAAACUGAAGAGGAAAACUUAGAUGAUGAGAUGGAUCCCUCUCUUGUCAAGAACUACAAAGGAAAAUUCUUCUUCAAAUUCUCACAAGCUGUUAAGCAUUUUUUAUCUACUUAAAUCGAUUUUUUGAAUGAACUCUUUGAUGAUACUAAGCUAGCUUAGCUUUAAAAGGAUCACAUAGAGAAGCUGAUGAUUAAAAUGCUUGCUGAUUACAAGGAUAAGCUUAUUUAGGAGUUUGUGCAUUCUCUUGAUUAUGAUUAGCAGCUAGAGGUAUAUGAAAAUUUCUUCAUUAAAAUGCUAGUAAAUGUAAGAACCAUCAUUGGAAAUAGAGUUGCAGUAUCUCUUGAUCAGAGUUUCAAUCUAUUCUUUAAGGAUUUAUAUCAAGAAAUGCUAGAUAAAUACAGGAAGUAAAUAGAUAUAGUGGCAAGUGAGAAUUUCUAGUAUAUAUUGGAAAAGGAUGCUUUAGGCGGAUGGGAAAAGAACUUUUUAGCAGUAACUCAUGUAUUUGAGAAGGUGCUGGUGAAUAAUGUACAUAUAUGCUAAUGCUACGAGUUAUAAUUCUUAGCAUAAACAGUUCUAAAGACACUUGAAAAAUUCCUGAUGCAGAUAAGGUUUCACAUUGGAUAGUUUUGCAAUAAGAGAAUUCAUAUGGGAAUCCCUAACCCAAAUACUUCUAAUCAGGCUGUUCCUCUAGAUGACUAAUAGUAAUUAGUUUUUGAAUAGAAAUUUAAAUGGCAAAGCAUAUUCGAUAUGAUCCUACUGCAUUAGCAAAAGCUAAUCUUUUUCGACAAACUUAAGUAAUUGGACGAUACUCUAAUACUCACUCUAGAGAAGUUAGCUUGUCUAUUUGAGUAGGAUUCCUAAUAAAAGAAGAUAUCAGCGUUUAUUGCUGUUAAGAACACUGUUUAUUUGAAAUAACUCCAAAAAUAUCUAAGUCCAUAGUCAAAGCAGAUAUUGUUUACUAUUGAUAGUGCCAGUGGGAAAUCUAUUGACGAGAGAAUUUUCAGGCAAGAACUAACUGGAGAAUCAUCUAUAGUUUAAAACUUAUUAAGAGCUUUUAUAAUGCCUAUUUUCAAGGAACUAAAUAACAUAAGUAUAUUCCCACUUUGGAAGUAAGCUUCAAAUUCAGGAAUAUAGAUAAACUAAAAGCAAACUUAAAAAUAACAGAUGUCAAUACUGCUACCCGAGUCAAGUGAAUACAUAAGGAAAAUUGGAGAGCAUUUCAUUUCAUUUAUCCAUAAACUAGACUCCAGUCAAAUUACAGCUACUUUGGACAAGACUUUAAAUCUUUAUCAAAUAUAUUCCUAUGACCUUCACGCCUCAAAUUAGCAUCAUACGAUACAAAGUGCAAGUGAAUACUGGAUAGGAGAAAUUGGAAAGUAUUUGGUAUCCACCCUUUCCAAUAAAUAUAUGAAAAUCAAUAUAUUAUCUGCAGAUGGAGAGAGAUAACUGAUUGCUGAUAUUAUCUAUAUUAAGAAGUUACUUUCUUAGUUUUGUAAUCCACAUACUUUAAUCAGCCCAGAUGACGGCAAGGGAAUUUUCGAGAUUAUGGAUAGCAUUGUGAUAGGAUUAGUUGCUAAUAAGAAAUUAGCAUCUGACUCAUCAAUAUCAGAAAUCAUAGAUCAGAUCUCUGAAGAACUAAACUAGGUAUUUGGAAUAGGAAAUUUAGAUAAAAUUCACCCUAAUGAAAAUAUAAUCAAGGCUAUUCAAAUCAAAAGAAAAUGA